AUGGCUUGCCGCGUUUCCGGGCAGUCCCGGAUGCCUCUGGAGAUCUAUGCCCAGUCGCUGCCCGACGACGCAGAUGCUGCCCCGCUGCUCUUCCCCAUGUACACCGUCGCCGCAGACGUGCUCUUGAAGAUGACGAAGGUCGAGCCGCACGAGGAUUUGAAGGCUCGUGGCGAGCUCGUGGACUUCAGCGAUGGCUUGGGAAAGGCGGUGUUCGUUUCGCACCAGUGGCUUAGGAAGAAACACCCGGAUCCCGAGUUCAGGCAGAUGCGCACUCUGCAGGAUGCCGUAAAGUGGAUCUUGAACAGCUCAGGGUCUCUUUCCCUGGACCCGGCCACGGAAGCCGUGGUGCCAACGGCCAAGCCCCGUCCCAUGAAAGACUUUCAGACAAUGGCACUGUUCUUCUGGUACGACUAUUUCUCCUGUCCGCAGCUGCACCACGCGAGUGAAUAUGUCGUACAAAAAACAAACAGCCGCCUCCAGCAAGCCAAUGCCAUCAGCAGCAUCCCAGCAUACGUAGGCAGGUGCCACUUUUUCCUUGCAGUUUGUCCGGUUCUUGACUGCCCCGUCGAGGGCAGGGUGCUGUCAGCAUCGACCUGGAGCAGCAGAGGGUGGUGUCGCCUAGAGCGAGCAGCACGCGAGCUGUCGCCAAGCAGUACUUGGAUUGUUGUUCGAAGCGAAACUUCCAUUGAAGCGGUUGGCACAGUGCUGUCCUUUCAGAGCGGUGCCGUUGGGGAAGGCGACUUUGCUGUCCCGGAGGAUCGGCAGAAGCUGGCCCCGGUGAUGCGGAAGAUCCUCAUGAAGAAGCUGAACCACUGCCUGCGAGUGGGCGACUUGCCCGCAUUCCGGCGCCACUUCAACCUCCAGACGGUGUAUUUGCGGGGGCUUGACAUUGCGCCAGUGGCCGGCCUGCUACCCAGCUGUGAGGGUGGUGAUGAUGUGGUGUCGGAGUUCCUGCACCAAAACGGUUUGAGGACGGUUGGCUCUGCCGACAGUGCUGGGUGGCGGCCUCUCCACUAUGCGGCACUGGGCGGCAAUCUAGAGGUGCUGCGAGGCCUGCUGCAGAAGCGUGCCGAGGUGAACCGGCGCACAUGGAAGGAUGAGCCGUCGCUGGGCUUUCCACCGUGGAUGUCGGCAUUGGAUCUGGCGGUGUUUUUCAAGCAUCACGAGGCCACGCGGUUGCUUCUUGCGGCGAGAGCACACCUCAAGGGCGGACUUUCACCCGCAGUCAUCCUUGCAGCCGCGAGAGACAAUGCCGAAGGUAUCCGACUGCUGUGUGCGUCGGGUGCCGAUCCGCUGGCGCAGAAUCUACUUGGAAACCCCACCUUGGGGUGCGCGGGUGGCCUGGCAGCCAGAGAGGCCCUGGAAGAGUUGCUGGUGCAGGGACGCCCAAGCUCCAUGGAUCUUUCUCGGGCGCUCUUCGAUGCCACGAUGCUUUUGGGUGGAUCGGCUGAGUUGGUGCAGCGGUUGAUCAGCCUGGGAGCUGACGUUGACUUCCAGUUCGACAUGUCACGGGAUUGGAGGAGACUGGGCCGGCUGCUCCUUGCAGCAAAGUCCAUGCAGCACCGACUCGGCCGUACGACCGCACUAACAGCCAUCGCUUAUCAUGUGCAUGGCAGCACGCCGUUGAUGCAGGCCAUCAGGUCGGCUCAAUUUGACGGCGCCGCGGCCCUGAUCGCUGCCGGCGCCAGACUAGAUCUCUGCAAUUGCCGGAAGUGGACCGCGGCGGACUUUGCUCGCGGCCAGUCGAUCCCACAUUUUCUGCAGCUGGGCCUGGAGGGGGAUUUGUCCGAGUGCCGAAGGGUGUCAUUGCUCGCACAGUCGACCAGCGUCUUUUCGAUUUGA